AUGCGUGGUGCCGAGACUGGUAACGCCCAUGGGUCGGACCAUGUCCUCGUCCGUACACGCCUGAAAGUUCACCUCUCAUCCGCACCAAAAAUGCCACGUCCUAGACGCCUCAAUGUCGCAAAAAUCCGGCAAGCCAGCACUGCCGAGGCCCUAAGCAGAGAAAUCCGGACCUGUUUUACAGCCCGAGUCAACGGAGAAGUCAGUAACCAGUGGUCGUCACUGAAGACAUCAGUCUAUGGGGCAGCUGAGAAAAUCCUUGGAUACACCCAGCGACGCCGCAGUGACUGGAUCAGCGGAAGAACCCUGCAGUUGUCUGCUCAGACGGCUAGAGCCAGGUCCCGCAACGAUGACUGCUUCCGCCAACUUCGGAAGAUGACGGCAAAAUCGGCCAGGGAUGACCGGAAACAAUAUUGGGCUGAAAUAGCGGCAUCCAUGGAACGGGCCUCGAACGCUGGUGACAUUCGAAAGCUCUAUCGUCUGAUCCGCCAAGUUAGCGGUAAGCUCUCUACACUGAGUGACUCUGUUCGCGAUGUGAACGGCGGCUUUAUUGCUGACAACUCGGCCAAAGUCGAGCGCUGGCGUGAGCACUUUGAGCACCAUCUCAACUUCGAUACCCAACCUGCAUUGCCCUUGUUCUCCUCCUCAGCUGAUUUUCUUCCCUCUCCUACCUAUGCAGUGCCAUGCGAUCCCCCCUCCGAGGAAGAAGUCGCCGAUGCCAUACGAAAGUUGCGCAACCAUAAGGCACCCGGAGAGGACGGUAUACCCGCUGAAAUCUUUAAGUCUUGUGUCGACACUCUGGCGCCCUGGCUCCAUGAGGUGAUUGAACGAGCGUAGAGAGACGAGGUUGUUCCUGAUGACUGGGGCUUAGGCAUCCUUGUACCUAUCCUCAAGAAGGAAGAUAAGACGAGAUGCGAGAACUACCGCGGCAUAAGUCUCAUCGACGUUGCUGCGAAGAUCUUCGCUAUUGUCCUACUCAGACGAUUCCAGGCUGUGCGUGACUCAAGGACGAGGCCCAACCAAGCCGGAUUUCGUGCUGGACGUGGAUGCGCAUAUCAGAUAUUCACACUGAGGCGCAUUCUCGAAUUUCGCCAUAGCAGCCAACAACCGACAGCCGUCUGCUUCGUUGACUUUGCCGCCGCGGUCGAUUCCGUUCACCGUGAGUCCCUGUGGCGGAUAAUGGCGCUAGAUGGUGUACCGGCAAAAAUCAUCGCCAUGAUCAAGGCCUACUAUCGUUCCACUACUGCGAGAGUCCUGGUCCGUGACAAUUUUUCCCAACCGUUCGGUAUUCGGUCUGGCGUCCGACAGGGUUGUAUACUGUCACCCAUACUGUUCAACUACGCUAUUGGCUGGAUCCUCGGGAGGGCCCUACGCGACAGUGACGGUGUUGAAUUUGCACCCGGACAUCGACUGACUGAUCUCGACUAUGCCGAUGAUAUCGCCUUACUUGCUUCAAGUUUUUGUGAUCUGCAGUCUAUGGUGUCACGGGUGAACAAGGUCGCUAAAUCAGUCGGUUUGUCCAUAAACGCUGGGAAGACCAAAGUAUUCUCAAACUGCAUCCCUGACCAGGAGAAGGCACACCUCGGGAGUGAUGGCUGA